AUGGCUGCCGCCGACGUACAGCUCCACGACUUCCAGUCCCUCUUCUCCCUCAAGGGCAAGGUAGCCGUUGUAACGGGAGGAUCACGAGGUCUAGGACUGAGUUCAGCAUCAGCACUCCUCCAAGCCGGCGCAUCCAAAGUCUUCAUCUCGUCGCGCAAGGCAGCGGCGUGCGACGAGGCGGUCAAGCUCCUCAACGGGCUCCCGAACCUGGCGGACGGGGCGGUGGCCGUCGCGGUGCCGGCGGACCUGUCGACGCUGUCGGGGGUGGAGAAGCUCCUGUCGGCGGUGAGCGCGCAGACGGACCGGGUGGACAUACUGAUGGCCAACGCGGGGGCGACGUGGGGGGAGAAGCUGUCGACGCACGGGGACGCCGCCUUUGCCAAGGUCAUGGACCUGAACGUCCGGUCCGUCUUCAACACCAUCCGCCUCUUCGCGCCGCUGCUCGAGAGGUCAGGCACGCUCGACGACCCGGCGCGGGUGCUCAUCACGUCGAGCGUGGCCGGCAGGGGGGUGGGCACGCUGGGCCGUCAGGCCACCUUUGGCUACUCGGCCAGCAAGGCGGCCGUGCUGCACCUGGGCCGCAACCUGGCGGUCGAGCUGGGGCCGCGCCACAUCUCGGUCAACUCCAUCUGCCCUGGCUUCUUCCCGUCCAAGAUGUCCAACGGGCUGCUCAGCAUGUCGGGCGGGGCCGAGCUGUUCGCCAGCAAGAACCCCAUGAGGAGGCUGGGGAGGCCCGAGGACAUGGCCGGCGUGGUGGUCUACCUCUGCAGCAGGGCCGGCGCACACGUCAAUGGUGAGGGCAUCGCCGUUGACGGUGGUGCCAUGUGGGUCACUGGGGAGUUGGCCAUGGCUGGUGGGGAGCCAAAGUUGUAG